GAGAGAGAAAGAAAAGUAAAAAGAUGCAAUCAGGCAAUACGAAUCUCGGUAUGUCUCCUGUACAUUCUUCCUGUCGAGAAAAAGAUCGACAGAGAGGACAGGAGCGACAAGAUACCGAAAAUGAACAUGAAUUAGAACAAGAAGAGGAUGGUGAACAAGCUCGAGCAAUGUCUAAGGAAACCAAUAAGAAAUCAAACGAUGAUCGAGAUUCUUUGUCCAGGCAAAAUAUCUGCGUUACGUCGAUGUCCUCCAAUCAGAACUUACCCCUAUCUCUUUCAUUAGAGGACAGAGAAUUAUGGACUAGAUUUCAGUGUAUCACUAACGAGAUGAUCGUCACGAAAAAUGGAAGACGAAUGUUUCCGGUGGUUAAAGUAUUAGCACAGGGCCUGGAACCAGCAGCCAUGUACACUCUUUUGCUCGAAUUCGUACAAGUAGAUCCUCAUAGAUGGAAAUACGUAAACGGUGAAUGGGUUCCCGGUGGAAAAGCAGAAAUCGCACCUCCAAAUCCGAUUUACGUUCAUCCAGAGAGUCCAAAUUUUGGUGCUCACUGGAUGAAAGAAGCAAUAUCAUUUGCUAAGGUGAAACUCACCAACAAGGCUAACGGGAAUGGACAGAUCAUGUUAAAUUCGCUACACAAAUACGAGCCGCGUGUGCAUCUGGUUCGAGUUGGAGCCGAAGAACAGAGAACUGUUCUCACCUAUCGUUUUCCUGAAACACAGUUCAUAGCAGUGACAGCGUAUCAGAACGAGGAAGUGACAAGCUUAAAGAUAAAAUAUAAUCCAUUUGCUAAAGCUUUCUUGGAUGCAAAAGAAAGACCAACUGACACUCAAACGUAUCCUCAAUACUCAAGUGCUUGGUUCAUACCGCAGCCAACGAUGGGAUGUGAGUAUAGUACAUCCGGAAUAAUGACACCUCAAAAUCAAGCACAAAACGUCGUUAACAAUCACCUUACUCAUUCUUACACCGUUUCUACUAGUGGACGUAGAAAUACUUGUAGGGUAACACCAUAUUCUUUGAGACACAAAUAUGCUCAAGAUGAGGAACACUUAGAUCCAUAUGGGACUGUUCCACUCCUACAUUCAACGACCUACGUAACACCAUCCAGUUGGUCACCACGAAGUCCAGAAUCCUUACAAAGUUUAAAUCCAGCGUGCAUACCACCUCCACCUUCACAAGAAUGGGCAGCUUCACCUUCGCCAUCACCAACAUCUUCCUCGCAUACUACACUAGCUAGAACGGUCGUUGGAACAAUGACACCGACCAGUGUGACCGGAUGUACACUUUACGUCCCAGCAAGUUUACCUUGCAAUUCAAUGUCACAGGAUCAUCCCCAUAACUCAGACUCAUCCGCUUGGAUACACUCGAUGGCCCUAUCCGAUCAACAACAUCAUCAACAACAGCAACAGCAACAACAACAAUCCUAUUUAAAUUUAAAUUUGCAUCUCCAUCAUCAGAUGCCACCUUACACUACGGUAUCUCACGGUGGACUACAUCACGUUUUACAUCCAACCGAUAACGAAACAAUUCCUUCAGCUAAUCCAGCAGAAUAUUCGAUUCAUGAGUAUCAUCAUGCACCUGUAUCUCCAGUACAAUCGACGACACCUGAUCAACAUCUACACAAACAGCAGCAUCACAAUAUGCAAAUGUUACAUCUUCAACCUCUUUCACAAACCGAAACUACGUCACCAAAUGCUGGAGAAUAUGAUGAUCCUUCUAAAGAGCAUCAACAUGUACCUGGUGUUUGUCCUAAUCAAGCUGUCGAAACCCUAAAUAAUGUACAAUCCGAUGAUGAACGCAGGUGCUUAGCUGUGGUGAUAGAUCGUCACAAUCAUCAUCGACAAAACAAUCAACUGACUAAUACCGAUCAACAAACUAACGCUUGGACGUCUUUGACACCACCACCUGCUCCUCAAACAACGGCUAUUUGAUUUACAUUUAUAAUACAUACAAGCAAAUAAUAUAUUAGGUGAAGUUUCUUUCUACGAAACUAUAAAUAUAUUCGCAUAUAUUUGAACGAAAGUUCUAGCGAGUAUCGACUAAUCGGAUUUUCAAGUGG